AUGGUGGUAGCAAAGGUGAUGAAUGCCGGGUAUUACUGGCCCGGAAUGCACCUAGACGCAGUAAAAGCUUUGAGAAAAUGCAGUGGGUGCCAGAGACAUGCUCCCAAGAUGAUGCGCCCCAAGAAUGAAUUAGUGCCCGUCACAACGACGUGGCCUUUUCAACAAUGGGGAAUAGAUAUGGUUGGCCCUUUUCCUGAAGCCCCAGGGGCAGUGAAAUUCAUCAUAGUCGUGAUAAUCUGCAGAUUUGGGCUACCCCUGCGAAUCAUCACCGAUAACGGGACGAAUUUUGCCGCAGAAGAUCUCCAACGAUGGUUCAAGGAGCUACACAUAGAGCAUACCUUCUCCUCGGUUGCACACCCGCAUGGGAAUGGUCAAGUCGAAGCCGUUAACAAAAGCAUCGUAGACAGAAUUAAAUCACGAUGGGAGAAAAAAGGAGAGGCUGGGUUGACGAAUUGCCCAGCAUACUAUGGGCCCAUAGGACGAUGCCCAAAACAAGCAACUGAGAGACACCGUUCAGCUUAG